AUCCGCCAUCACUGCACCCGACUCCCCCUUCGACACCCGCACACGCGCCGCAGUGAAACGUGUCGAGAUGGACGUCGCGUCCGCUGUUCGCAUUCCGUCGCCCGAGCCGUCGCCGUCGCCAGAAGCAGACGGGCAGCGCAAACGCGAGCACUCGCCGUACGAUGCCGGCGGACCGGUGAAGCGCACGAGGAGGGAUGAGGACCGAGACGAGGAGCCUCGGCGCGAGAGGGCGAGAGACGAGCGACCGCGCCGCGAGCGAGACACGGGACGACGGCCGCUGCCCAACAGCAAGCCGACCAUGGACGACCUGCCCGACGACGACUCGCGCCUCAAGCUCUUCCAGAACGCCUUCAGCGCGACGCGCAAGCUGCCCAUUGACGACGCCAAGACGCGCGCCGGUGGCGCUUAUCUCCCGCCUGCCCGUCUGCGCGAGCUGCAGAAGCAGAUUACCGACAAGCAGACGCCGGAGUUCCAGCGCAUGGCGUGGGAGGCGCUGAAGAAGUCGAUUCAGGGUCUGAUCAACAAGACCAAUACGGCCAAUAUCAAGAUGAUUGUGCCUGAGCUGUUCAGUGAGAAUUUGGUCCGUGGUCGGGGGCUGUUUUGCCGCGCCAUGAUGAAGGCUCAGGCUGCCAGUCUGCCCUUUACUCCCAUCUACGCCGCCAUGGUCGCCAUUGUCAACACCAAGCUGCCACAGGUGGGCGACCUGCUUGUCCGCCGCCUGGUUAUCCAGUUUAGGAAGAGUUUCCGCAGAAACGACAAGGCCGUUUGCUUGGCGAGCACUAUGUUCCUGUCGCAUCUCGUCAACACGCAGGUCGUGCAUGAGGUUCUGAUUGCCGAGAUCUUGCUGCUGCUGCUCAACAAGCCGUCGGACGACUCGGUCGAGAUUGCCGUGGGCAUCAUGAAGGAGGUUGGCGCUUUCCUCGAGGAGAUGAAUGCCGCCAUCUCAAACGCCAUCUUCGACCAGAUGCGCAACAUCCUCCACGAGGCGGAUAUCGACAAGCGGACACAGUAUAUGAUUGAGGUGCUGUUCGAGGUCAGGCGCACAAAGUACAAGGAGCACCCCUCGAUCAAGGAGGACCUGGAUCUCGUCGAGGAGGAGGACCAGAUCACACACCGACACACACUGGAGGACGAGAUCAAGGUCGAAGACGGUCUCAACAUCUUCAAGUUCGACCCCGAGUACGAGGCACACGAGCAGGAAUACCAGAAGAUCCGAGCAGAGAUUCUGGGCGAAGAGGAGGGCAGCGAUGCAGACGAUACAGACGCCUCGUCCGAGGAUGAGGAGGACGAAGAAGACAAGGCCAUGGACAUCAAGGACCAGACCAAUGCUGAUCUGGUCAGUCUGCGCCGAACCAUCUACCUCACUAUCAAGAGUAGCGGAGGCUUCGAGGAAUGUUGCCACAAGCUGAUGCGCAUUAACCUGCCUCACGGCUUGGAAAACGAGCUCACGACCAUGAUUGUCGAGUGCGCCAGCCAGGAGCGCACAUACGAGAAGUUCUACGGCAUGAUCGGCGAGCGCUUUUGCAAAAUCAACCGCAUGUGGACCGACCUGUUCGAAGAAGGCUUCGCCCACUACUACGAGACCAUCCACCGCUUUGAAACAAACCGCCUACGCAUCAUCGCGCAGUUCUUCGCCCACCUCCUCGCCUCAGACGCCAUCGGCUGGCACGUCUUCCAGGUCGUCAAGCUCAACGAAGAAGACACAACGUCCAGCUCCCGCAUCUUCAUCAAGAUCCUCUUCGAAGAGCUGCUCUCAGCCCUCAGCCAAAAGUCCGUCGUCGCCCGCUUCAAGGACGACAUGUUGCAAGACAGCCUCGGGGGCAUCUUCCCCACCGACGCAGACGCCCAGUCCAACACGCGCUUCUCCAUCAACUUCUUCACCGCAAUCGGCAUGGGCGUCCUGACAGAGGGCAUGCGCGACUGGCUCAAGAACAGCGCCCCCAAGCCAAAACCCCUCCCGGAGCCAGAAAGCGACGACGAUAGUGUAGACUCCCGCUCAAGCUACUCUUCCUCCUCCGCAUACUCCCGCUCCCGCUCCCGCUCCAGAUCACACUCGAGAUCCAGAUCCCCCUCGCGCACCCCCGCCCGCAAGAGACGCGACUCCCGCUCCAGCUCCCGCGGCCGCUCCUACACACGCAGUCCCUCGUCCCGCGGCCGUAAACGUAGCGCCUCGUAUAGCUCCUCGCGCUCACGCUCGCGCUCGCCGCCCACUCGCCGCAGGAGGUAUACGUCUAGUUUGUCGCGCUCGCCGUCUCCGCCACCGAGGAGGAGGAGGGCGAGUUCGAGUCCACCGCCGCAGCGACGCGGGAGGGCGUCUGUGUCGCCCAAGGGGAAGGGGAAGGGGAAGGCGAGGAAGGCGAGUCGGAGUGUGAGUCGGAGUGUUAGUCGGAGUGGGAGUGAGAGUGGGAGGGAGAGGGAGAGGUCGCCGCCUGUGAGACGGAGGAGGGAUUCUUAG